UACUCAAUCCAAAAGACGGUAUUACAAGUGGAGGUAAAGAAAUAUCAAUGGGGGUCACUUGUGUGUGCCAGGUGCCCGUGGCGGAGGGGAAGAGUGUGCAGCAGACGGUGGACAUCCUGCACAAAAAGCUGGAGCAGCUGGGUGCUGCGAAGCAGGGCAGCUUCUGUGUAGACUGUGAGACAUACCAUGGCACUGGAAAUGCAAGCGGUCAGCCAUCCAAAUACUUAUAUGUGAUGCACAACUCUGAAACUCCCCUGAGCUGCCUGGCUCUGUUUGAAGGCGGACCUUGCCUGAUAGCAGAUGCAAACUUCGACGUCCUCAUGGUGAAGCUAAAAAGUCAUUUCCAGAAUGCUAAAGGACAUAAAGUGGAGUGUCGCGGUUCGAGAUAUCGAUACUGUGACUUCUUGAUAAAAGUCGGUACCGUGACAAUGAGCUCCAGUGCCAGAGGAAUAUCAGUGGAGGUGGAGUACUGUCCCUGUGUCGUCCCAGGGGACUGCUGGAACCUCAUGAAGGAGUUCAUGCAGUCCUUUCUCGGCGCUAGCGUCCCUGAGCUGCCGUCUGUGUUUGCUGCCAAGUCCGAGGGGCUUUUUGCACCAGCAGACUCCAUUGACACCAUGACUCAGUACCUUGAGUUGUUCAACAAGCUUCGUAAACAGCAAAUGCCAGGGAGUAAUGUUCGUUGAGUUUGCAUUGGACAGAUCUUUUUUAUACUGAUGUUGCCUUUGUUCUGGUCCUGUGGAUCAGCACAGCCUUAGGCAUUUGUGACUGCCUGGACUUUUCAUUUACACUUCUGGAAUUUCAACUGUGCAUCAGGCUCAUGUACCUGAUGGAAUAACUUUGUAUUAAAAACACUGAGUGUAGAAAAUCA